AUUUGGAGUCCCUUUCAUCCUCCUCUGAAUCUCAAGGAGAGCAAAGUGUGACAAGCAAACAUGCUGCUGCUCAUAGUGUUUGUGGCCACAGCCUCUUGGUCUUAUGGAUUUGCACAGGAAAUUCCCAUGCAGAGUCCUAUAUCCAUCACCAAGUUCCAAAAAAGUGCACGGAUGACAUGUGAAAUUCAAACAUUAGAGGCAAAUUUUGAUGGCAUCUUCAUACACUGGUAUAAGCAGAAGGAGGGUGAAGCUCCAGAGAGGUUUCUGUUUGUUUCAGAAGGAAAAGUUACUGUUGAAAAUGACUUUCAAGCAAACAGAUACAUAGUUGAAAUAAGUUCUGUCCAGAAGAGGUGUGUUCUUACAAUAAAAGAUGUAAUUCCAGAUGAUGCUGCUACUUACUACUGUGCCUACUGGGAUGGUGUGUUUGGCUCAGGUACAAAACUCAUUGUCUCAGAAAAAAGAAGUUCUCCCCCAAAAAACUCUGAAAUCCUGCAGAAAAAACAUGAAAAUCAGAUAAUAUAUGUUUGCCUUAUUGAGAAAUUCUACCCAGAAGUUAUUAGGGUGACAUGGACUGAAGGUGAAAAGGAAGUAACAGACAACGUAGUAAAAGGUGAUACUUGGCUGUCCACAAAAGAGGAUGAAUACUCAUUUGCCAGUUGGUUAACUGUGCCAGCAGAGAGUGAAGACAAGACAUACUUCUGCAAAUACGAGCAUGAAGAGAAAAGUACUUCACUGCCAACACAAGUAGACUCUGUGAAGACUGCUCCUCAGGAAGAGGACUGCAGAACAGUUUUUAAUAGAGAUCAGUUAAUGCACAGGACAGCAUAUUUAGUAUACAUCAUCCUUCUUCUGAAGAGCUCUAUGUACAAUAUUAUCAUACUCUUCUUCAUCUACAGAAUGUGGACUUUAACCAAGCACCAAGGAAAGAAAGCAUAAAUGCUGUUUUAAGAAAGGGCUACAAACUGAUCUUCAAUUUACUUUGCUGUACGCUUAUCCAUAUAGAAUCCCUGCUCUCGGUGUUAGAUGUAACAAAAAAAAAAAAAAAAUUCCAAAAUAAUUUUCUGGUAUUACUGCAUAAAGGCUCAUUUUGCUUUACUGCUAGUGUUUCUAUAUCAGUCUGGUUUUCUUAAUUUUUUUCUGAAUAUUAAAUAAAGAUAGGCAAUAGGAAUAAUGCAUUUUAAUCCAAGUCCAUAUUGCAAAAUGAAGAAGGUAGCCAUGUCAGAAGCAGCCAUACAUCCAGAAGCUUGGGGGUAUAACAGGGCUUUUGACAUAUAAAGAACAGAUGUGUUUUGUCACUGCAUUUGAGGCUUAAUUAGGAGCAUUCCUGUGCUGUAAAUUCACAGGUUUGGUUAAUUUUUACUUUCAGUGACUUGUUGCAACUCUCAUGUAUCCAACAAAACAGGAAUUAAUUAUUCUGAAGUGGUAUGCUGUAAGAGACAAUUAAACAAAACUUUAAAAAGUGAGCAAAAGAAUUUUGAAUGAAGAAGUCAGACGGGAAUAAAAGCAAUUCUAAGGUGCACAUGUGCAGAAAUUGAAGAAAUCCACCAGUGACACAGUCUGAAAAUCUGCACAUUAUAAUUUUUUAAAAAAGAAAACUAUCACAAAGAUCAUGAGCAUCACCUUGUUUAAAGACACCUUUUAAAAUGGAGCAAAACUGCAGAUAUGAAGCUCUGAUUUUCACAAAGGAAGAGAAGUUCUCAGAGACUUUGAACUCUUAAUCUCCCAGUUCCACACAUCAAUUCUUUUCAAAUUUAUGUGGAAAAAUAGGAAGUAGACAUAUUGGCAUAAAUCAUUUGCUUGGUUUUGGGCAAAACACUGCCCUAGGUUUUGGAGAUACAGCCCUGCAGCAUUUACAUUAACUGUCUCUGUAAUGAUGAUGGCAAUAAAAGUUUUCCUCCAGCU